UACCUCGCCUACCAUGGCGGAGCCUCGGAAACAACCUAGAGCAAAGCAAAGAACUCACGAGUCCUCCAAGAUGACCAGAAAACUCCGCAUAAUCUACGCGGAUCCUGAAUUAACCGAUUCAUCCGACGAUGAUUCAGAGAUGAACCAAAAGAGAAUCAAGAGGAGCAUCCAUGUGAUCCCUCUCCCUCUUCCCUCAGGCCUCUCCACUCCCACCUCCUCCUCCGAAGUUGUUGCAAAACUCAAACAACCCAUCUUCAAGAGGAGGGUUUCGCCGGCAACCGGUACCAAGAGGCAAACCUCCGGCAAGUACAGAGGAGUUAGGCAGAGGAAGUGGGGAAAAUGGGCCGCUGAGAUUCGCGACCCUUUCAAGAGCGCACGCAUCUGGUUGGGUACUUACAACACUGCCGAGGAAGCUUCACAGGCCUACGAGGCUAAAAGGCUCGAGUUUGAAGCCAUGGCGAGGUCCAUGUCUCAGUCACAGUCUCAGAACUCUGAUGACAAGAGCAACUGCUGCAACUCAUCUCCUGCUCCCGCCGGAGUUUGUGUUUCCGACAACAAGUCCUCUACAUCGGAGGGCUCCGAUAGCGUUUUCUCUUGCACUUCUCCGUCCUCUGUUCUUGAGUUGGAUUCUUCAGCUUCUCAUUCCAACGACAGUGCUAAUGUUAAUGCCAAUGCUAAUGAAGCUGUUGAGACUAAUGAUUUGGAGACUGGUGAUUUGGUGGCUGAAUUGGCUGCCUUGGAGAUACCGGAUUUGAGCAUGCUGAACCUCCCUCCUCCGUCACCACCACCACAACAGUCUUCUGUUUCUGUGUCUGCCGCCGCUGCUUCUGUGCCUGAGAUCGGCCUUGGACUCGAUUUUGACUGGAUAAAUUUUGAUGAUUAUGGACAUGGAUUUGAUGAUCUUGGUGGGUUCGAGGAUUUGCAAAUCUGCGGCUUGGAUGAUAAUGGGCCUAGCCAACUUCCCGAUUUCGAUUUUGAUGAUUUUGGUGCUGAUGAGUUUGCUGGUUGGAUUGAGGAACCCCUCAAUAUACCCUGCGCGUAACAAGUUUUGCAGCUACAUAGGAGCAAUAAGAAGCCUUAGAUUACUAUCUACUAAUAUAUAUAUAUCUCUAUAUAUAUAAGUUUUGUUUAAUGUUGAGUGUAGUUCUAUAGUAAGUUUUGUGAGAUUUCUGGAACUGCAAAACCAGUUCCUGAGCGAGUGGUUUAUGAGUUUAUAUUAAAUUUUGUUUGGUCGAGUCAAAGAUGUUUAGAUCAACUGAGGAUACUCUGGGUUUUCUUGUGCUAUUAGAGCCGUCCCAAGUGUUCUCAAGUGAUAUAUUAUUAAUAUUUAUAUUAUCUAUCUAUCAAGUAUGAAAUUCCAGA